AUGCCUCCUAAUCUCCGCUCCACUGCAAUUGCCCGCUUUAAUGACCCCAGAUCAUCCACGCAGGUCCUUGUGACCACAUACAAUUGCGGUGCGACAGGUCUCAAUAUGCACUCGCAGUGUGGUGGCAUUAUUCUUGACCAUCACAGUACCGACCUUCAGCCUUUGACCGAGGCCAGAAAUUUGAGUGGCAAGGAUACGUCCCUGGAGAACGUUGGCACCAUCCUCUUAGGCGAUAUCAAUUGUCACCCUUUGACCUGCUGUAGCUCUUCGGAAGCCACAGCGGCUACGUAA